AUGGCCAUCAUCCCCCAAGCUACAGUUUUGUGCCUCGAUCAUCGCAUCCUCGUCGUACACCCGCCGGUGAUGCCGCUAAGCUUUCCGGAUGCUAUGGCAUUUCGGUUUGUUGAUCCUCAACCCUUCAUUCCUCAUGGAGCUCAGCGUGUCAUGGUGCCUGAGGGAUUGGACCCAACUUCUGAUGGUUGGACUGUUCAGUGUGAGAUCUUUCAAGCUACACUCAUUGGUGGGCUGCCCCAAGAUGAAGACUUUCAGCCUGGGCCUGAUGAUGAUGACGUCCAACCAGGCCACUUCUCUUAUUUUGGAUAUGGACAGCCAGGUCAUGGGCCUCCAGUGCCCCCACCACCACCUCAGCCUUUUAACCCUUUUGCUGCUCUAGAACCCAACCAGCAAGACCAGGAGGCUCUCGGUUGGGAUAUGUGGCCCAAUCAAGUUGCUGCUGCUGAAAAUGCUAUUUGGCCCAAUCAACUCAAUGCUGAGGUCAAUGAAAAUGUUGCUCAAGUUGAUCACCAAUUACCUGCAUUUCAAGAGGAGCAGGAACCUGAAGAGGUGAUCAAUGAUCCAGCCAACCCUGAGGAUCACAUUCAACCUGUUCAGGAAGAAUUUGAGUUAUCAAACUCUGGAGUUCUAGCUAUGGAUGAUGACACUGAUGCUUCUGAUGAAGUUCAGAUAGUGCCACUCCCAGAUUUCAACAAUCUCCAACCUCUCAUUCCAGAUGAGAUACCAUUUGAGGAUCUGCUUGGUUUUGUGAAUGCUCCCCUCAAUGAGCAAGAAAAUUUUGAACAGCUACAUGUGGGUUUGGUCCAGAUGCCUGACAUUUAUGUGGAUCCUCACUUUUAUGAAAGAUUUCAGUCAGCUCCUCUUCCAAAGCCUUCUUCUGAAGCCUUCAGACUCUGGAGCCCAACUUUCAGCUGUGCCAAAGAAUUCCUUCAGUCAGAUGCCUGGGAUUUCUUUUCCAAUAAUCAGCAGGAGGAUCUGGAUGAUUUGGACUAUGAACAAGUUGCUGCUCCCACACCUGCUACACCUGCAAAGAAACAGAAGCUCAGUAAACAAAAGCAGCCCAUUCUUUCUGAAGCUGAUCUUAGAAGGAGUGUGAGGCUCAAGAAAGUUCAUAAGGGCUUCAAGUCAUCUGCCUGUAAAGACAAGAACUGUGUAGUUUGCUCUUCUACUCCACCAGCCAUUUCUCCCUCCAUCAUCAAAGAUCUGGGAACCUCCUUCUGUGAUAUUAAUCCUGAUGACCUCACUGAAGUGAAGCUGAGCAAGCAGCCUAAAGGAAAAGCUACUAAGAAGACCAUCAAGAGGAAAGCUAGUGGCCCUUGUUCCAGUAAGGGAAGUGGCCCUUUUUCUAGCAAGGGUAGUGGCCCCACCUCUCGUAAGGGCACAGCUCCACAAUAG